CUCUCUCCCUCUCUCUGUUUUGCUUCUGACCUCUAUUUCAAGCCCUUCCAACUAGAAACUGAAUCAAGGCAUGGCAAAGGAAACAGAUCUAAAGAAGAUUGAAUUGAAAGUUUCAGUCAACUGUUGUGACGGAUGCAAGAAGAGAGUAAAGAAAGCACUACGAAGUAUUGAAGGGGUUUACAAGACAGAAAUUGACCCUUUGCAGCCCAAAGUUAUAGUUCUAGGAAAUGUGGAGCCACAAACUGUAAUAAGGAAGCUAGUAAAAGCUGGAAAACAGGCAGAAAUAUGGAGCAAUGAGAAUCAGAAAGCAGGAAAGGAAAAGGAUGUAGAAGUUGUGAUUACAAAAGAGCAACACAAAGAAGAAUCAAAAUCAGAGGGUGCCCCAGCAAAAUGCUCAAAUUCAAGUACCACUCCCAUUCGUAUGAUCAAAGAAAGUAUAACUGGAGGCCAGGAAGGUAGUAACAAAUCCUCUAAUAAGGAUACAAACUGCACAGCCAAUGCACCUGGCUCCAAAGUCAUUACAAGUGAAAAAGUUCUUUCCCCACGCCCAGAAGUAACUUGUUCUGUGCAUCCAAGCAUGUUGUCUGACAAGGGUAAAGCCAGGACAAAUAUAGAGGAUGGCAACAUGGUCGAGUCUAGCACUACUGUUUCACCUUGUUACGCAGCACAUUCACAUCAAGCACCUCCUUGUUUGCCAACAUGUUGCAGCCAAGAACACUACUGCCACUACCACCACUACUGCUACCAUGGAGGGCCAGAAUCUCAACCAUAUAUCCAGAUGCCAGUUGUGACAGUUGGAGAGUAUUUCAGUGAUGAGAACACCUCUGGAUGCAAUGUGAUGUGAGUCUCCAGUGCUCAAUUUUAGGAAGAAGAGAGUGCUUUC